UUGAUCAUCACCAAUUUGAGAAAGAAAGGGAGAGGAACGCAAAGGUAAAGUCCAAAGGAGAAUACGACGAAGCGAUGGCAGUGAGCGCAACGGUGAUCGGAUCACUUCUGGGGCUUGGCACCCAAAUGUACUCCAAUGCUCUCCGCAAGCUCCCUUACAUGCGACAUCCGUGGGAGCACCUGUUGGGGAUGGGUCUCGGAGCAGUGUUUGUGAACCAGCUAGUGAAUUGGGACGCUCAGCUCCAAAAGGACCUUGACCAAAUGCUCGAAAAAGCCAAGGCAGCCAACGAGCGCCGCUACUUUGAUGAUGAUGAUUGAUGCUUUAGCCCUAUAAUCAUAUAAGAAAUUCAUGCUCCGAGCAACCGUGAUCAUAAAACUAGUUCAGGUUAUGGACGGAUUAUUUUGGACUGUUUUCUUGUUUUUGAUCCUGUUGAACCUUUUCUUCUUUUUCUUAUUUUGUUGUUGAAUAUAGGCUUCAUUGCCUUGUGAUUCUGGAUGCAAAGUGCAAACUGGCUAGUGCAAGCUAAUAAAUGAUUCAAUGAAAUCACCCUAUUUUCAA